AUGCUUCAAACGCUCCACAGCUUUGAGUCUGAACUUCGUAGAGAGCGCGAUGCCGCCAGCAAAUCAACUGGCUCUAAUGAAUUGGAGCUUGCCAAGCAUAGGAUCGAGGAAUUAACGCGCGAGAACCGCCAACUGACUAAGGCCGUGGAGGAGGCAGACAGAAGAACAGCCAUGACUAAGUCGUCGCUAACUGCAACAGAGGAAAGUCUUCAUCGUCUCCUAGAGGCUGUGAAGACCGGCAAGACAGUCGCGGUAGCUGCUAAUGGGGCUACUGCCAUCGGUACAGGAGCUUCCUGUGGUCCUACUGGAUCAGGAUCUGCCGGUACAACGGCCGUAGGGGCCGUAUCAGCAUCGGAGAGAGCAGCAUCCGGUUCUACAGCUCCGAUGAUCCGAUUGGACCAUAUCGAAGCGGACCGCGCCGAGAUUGAACGUCUUAGGAGUCAAUUGAACGAGGCAUGUCAGCGAGGCAGCGAGGCUGAACGCAAUCUGAUAGGGCAAGAUUUUGAGCAUGAUCGUCUCAAAGAGGUGAGAUGGCGGAAGUUAAUUUUAGAUAAAUACAGGUUGAGUAUUCUCUUUGAAUUGUAA